AUGUCCAGCGGCAAGAAGCAUCGCCUCGAAGGCGAGGUCGAUGCUGUCAAGAAGGUCAAGAAGGUCAAGACCGACGAUCCCACAACCGCGGACGAUGCGCCUGUGAAGGAGAAGAAGGAAAAGAAGGACAAGAAAGAGAAGAAGGACAAGUCCGAGAAGAAGGAGAAGAAGGACAAAAAGGAUAAGAAGGAAAAGAAAGAAAAGAAGGACAAGAAACACAAGGACAAGGAGCAGACUGGUGAGCAGAAUGGUGACGAGGCUGCUGGGGCCGACGCUAUGGACGUCGACGUCCCGGCCGAUUCACUUGCCGAGGACCAGGCCACUGCUAAGAAAGAGAAGAAGGACAAGAAGUCCAAGGACAAGAAGGAUAAGAAGAAGGACAAGAAGGCAGACGACGAGGCCACCGCAGAAACCCCUAUCGCCAAUGGCACUCCCUCCAAGUACCAACAAACCGCGUCCCUCACUGCUGUGCCCGAGUCCGAGGUCAAGACCUUCCUCGAGGACAACUACAUUACCAUCCACGAUCAAACAAAUCCUUCAACCAGCCUGCGACCUAUCCUCAAAUUCUCUCAUCUCCCCACUUCCCGCCUCCUGUCGAAGAACCCUUUCGGGACCUUCACCAUCCCGACGCCCAUUCAGGCCGCCUCCUGGCCUUUCUCUCUGUCAGGUCGUGACGUUGUCGGCAUAGCCGAGACUGGCUCAGGAAAGACAUACGCCUUCUCGCUCCCCUGCGUGGAAGCCCUGCUUGCCAUGCCCAAAUCCAACAACAACAGAGCCGCCCAACCCCGCGCCGUGAUAGUAUCCCCGACGCGCGAACUGGCGAUGCAGACACACGAGUCCACCAGCACACUAGCCUCGCUAGUAGGCCUGAAAGCGGUGUGUAUCUAUGGUGGCGCAAGCAAGGACGACCAGCGCAAUCUCCUCCGUAAGGGCGCAGACAUCAUUGUCGCCACGCCAGGCCGGUUGAAGGACUUCCUGUCAGAGGGCUCUAUAUCGCUUUCCGAGGCGGCGUUCGCGGUCCUCGACGAGGCGGAUCGUAUGUUGGACAAGGGUUUCGAAGAGGACAUCAAGCUGAUCCUCGGCUCCUGUCCCGCCAAGGAGAAGAGGCAAACACUCAUGUUUACGGCGACGUGGCCGUCUGAGGUCAGGGGGCUGGCAGAGACUUUCAUGGUUGAUCCCGUCAAGGUCAUCAUCAACAAGAACAAGCCCGGCGGCGAGGCUGGCGACGGAAAUGGCAACGGAACCGUCGAGCUGCAGGCGAACAGCCGAAUUGCCCAGACAGUAGAGGUCGUGGAUCCAAGGGGUAAAGAGAGGCGGUUGUUGGAGAUCCUCAAGGAUGCGCAGAGGGGCAAGGCGCACAAUGACCGUGUCCUUGUCUUCUGUUUGUACAAGAAGGAGACAACCCGUGUGGAGCAGUUCUUGACGAGCCGCGGUCUUAGCGUGUGCGCUAUCCACGGUGAUCUGAGGCAGGAGCAGCGCACAAGAAGUCUCGAGGCGUUCAAAGCGGGCACAACGACGAUAAUGUUGGCUACAGAUGUUGCUGCACGAGGUCUGGAUAUCCCCGAGGUGAAGCUCGUGGUCAACCUGACUUUCCCUUUGACCAUCGAGGACUACGUUCACCGUAUCGGCCGAACCGGACGUGCUGGAAAAGAGGGCAAGGCUAUCACGCUUUUCACGGAGCAUGACAAGUCCCACUCUGGGUCUUUAAUUAACGUGCUCAAGGCCGCCGGUCAACCUGUUCCCGAAGAACUUCUAAAGUUUGGCACGACUGUCAAGAAGAAGCAGCACGACGCAUACGGUGCCUUCUUCAAGAAUGUUGACAUGAGCAAGAAGGCGACCAAGAUUACUUUCAACUAG